UGUAGCGCCUCAGACCUGAGCUUCAACUUCCAUUUGAACCAGGUCCAAAAUUUAUUCUCUCUUCAUGUCAGGAAAGCAGUACUGACCCAUCAAAAGAAAACAGCUCUCCAGCUGUCACUCAUACAUUGUGUACAGCUGAAUUUCCAGCAGAUAUGGAGAAGCCCCUCACUAUGAAGCAGAACCACAAAUCCAGAGCAAUUCCACGGAAGAAGGAAGGGGCGAGUGGAGUCCCACUGCCUCAAAGAAGUCAUCAUCAGAAAAAGCCAAAGGUGGGUCACCACGCUGAAGCUCCAUCGGUCAAGAAGGAGGAAAGGGAGCUGGAGAAGUCAGAGACAAACCAGGAGAAGGUGAAUGUGGAUAAAGAGGCAGAGGUUAAGCUGAAAUCUACUGUGGUGGACAUAGACCGUGUGAGAGAAAUCAAGGUCCAGGAAGAGAACUUGUGGCUGCUGGAAGCGGCGGAGCAGGACGGUCUAAAGCGCAAAAGCCUGGGAGUGUUUGAGUGGCUGCUGAUGGUGUUUGCCUUGAGUUUGGUUCUCCUCUUCCUUCCUAUUUCCAUCUGGUUCUGUGUCAAAGUAGUACGAGAACAUGAGAGGGCUGUAAUUUUCAGACUUGGUCAUCUACUGCGAGCAAAACCAAAGGGACCAGGCCUCCUGUUCUAUCUUCCACUUCUUGACGUCUGCCACAAAGUUGACAUUCGGCUACGGAUGUUGAAGGUUCCUUCCCACAUGGUGGUGACGAAGGACCUGGCGAGGCCGGAGCUGAGCGCUGUGUGCUAUUACCAGAUAGAGAAUGUGGCUCUGUGCAGCGCAGCUCUGUCCAACCUGACCUCGGUGCUACAGAGUCUGGUUCAGGCGGCCAUCAGAGAUGUUUUCGCCCAGCAUACUUUCAGUCACAUCCUGCAGCACAGGCGGAGGAUCGGAGAGCAGAUUCAGAAAACGCUGGACUCUGUCACUUGCCGCUGGGGAAUCAGGGUGGAAAGAACUGACAUAGACGAGCUCAGUUUUCCUGUGGAGCUGCAGCAGAGCCUGGCUGCUGAUGCCGAGGCCAAGAGACAACAGCAGCUCACUGUGAAGGCAUCAGAAAGGGAGACAGCUGCCUGGGAAAGUUUUAGAGCCUCAUUCCGUCAUCUCCAGCCUGCGUUGGUCCUUCCUCUCGUUCCAGAUCUUCUCCACAUGAAUUCUGACCUGACCUCCCUCCCACCGCCACCUCCUCUCUCUGAAGACGGAGGGGACAUGAUGGCGGCAUCAGAGAGAGACUCUCCGAUGAUGUGACAUAACCAACAUUUCAUUAAUAUUUUAGUAAAAAUAUUUUUGCUAAAUGGAUGUAAUUUAAUCACGCUGGGUCAAUGUACUAUUUACAUUUUAAAUAAAAGCUCA